GUGUCAACACCAUGAACCCAACUAAAGACGUGUCAAUCCAAGCCUCAGCUUCGUGUACUUCCACGUAGGCUUGUACAACCGUUUGCUCUCCGAACCUCAAUAAACAAACAAAAAACCCACGAUAAUAGAAAAUCAAUCAGCAGUUUCCUUCUCCAUCUAUCCCAAAAAACUCAACAAGAAUCAAAGGCAUUUUCUCGAUUUUUCCCAUCUGCCGUUUAAUUUCACUUGAAGUCACUCUCUUUCCGCAAUUUUGGAUUCUGCCUCCAUUGAAGAACUUCCUGAAAUCAUUUAUAACCCCUGAUUCUAUAGCAUUCAUUUAAAACAAAAUGAGUUGCCUGUUGAAGAAAAAUAAGAACUACUGGUUUGUAUUUCUAUUCCAUUUGAUUUUGCUUUUUAGAUUCAGUUUUUUCACACAUGCAAUUUUGGACCCAAUUGAUUUCUUGGCCCUGCAAUCGAUUCGAAAGAGCUUGGAUGAUUUGCCCGGGUCGAAUUACUUCGCUUCAUGGGAUUUCACUUCGGAGCCGUGCAGUUUUGCGGGUGUGUAUUGUGAUGGAGAUAAAGUGGUUGCCUUAAAUCUCGGUGAUUCUCGAGCUGGGUCACCGGGUAUAACUGGCCGGAUAGACCCAGCGAUCGGAAAAUUAUCGGGUCUCGCAGAGUUAACCAUAGUCCCUGGUCGGGUCAAUGGGUCUCUGCCUCGAACCCUUUUUCAGUUGAAGAACCUCAGGUUUCUUGCGAUCAGCAGGAACAUGAUUUCCGGCGAGAUUCCGGCGACUCUGGUCCAGCUCCCUAGACUCCAAACUCUAGAUCUUUGCUUCAAUCAGAUCACUGGAAGCAUUCCCUCGUCCAUCGGAACUCUACCGACGUUGUCCAAUGUUAUUCUCUCUCACAACCGUCUCUCCGGUUCGGUUCCGCCGUUUGUUUCUCACUCCCUAACCCGGCUAGACCUUAAGAACAACAAUCUAUCCGGUUUGCUCUCUCCGAUCUCACUCCCUCCCUCACUCCAAUAUCUCUCACUGUCGUCAAACCGACUAGCCGGUCCAGUGGACCGACUAUUAUCCCGUCUAAACCGGCUAAACUUUCUCGACCUUAGCGUGAACCAAUUCUCUGGCUUUAUUCCGGGCAAUAUAUUUACAUUUCCAAUCACCAGCCUCCAACUACAAAGAAACCAAUUUUCCGGUCCGGUUCAACCACUUGAUGAGGUGACAAUCACCAGCGUUGAUCUAAGCUUCAACCGGCUUUUUGGCCAAAUAUCUCCCAGGCUCUCAACGGUUCAGAAUUUGUAUCUGAAUAAUAACCGGUUCACAGGCCUUGUUCCCAGCAACUUCGUGGAACGGUUAUUAGCAGGCAGUAUACAAACACUGUAUUUGCAGCAUAAUUUUUUGACCGGGAUAGAAAUUAAUCCAACGGUUGAGAUUCCUCUUAGCAGUUCGUUGUGUCUACAGUAUAAUUGUAUGGUCCCGCCCGUAGAUACGCCUUGCCCGGUGAACGCUGGGACCCAGAAAACAAGGCCCACUACACAAUGCAUAGGGUGGGAAGGGUAAAAUGAGGAAUUCCUGUUUUGCAACGGGGACAGAAUGGGAAAUGUAUAAUACGAUAAGUGGGUUUUUGUACGAAAUACCUUUUAAAUUUGUAUUCGUUUAUUUGAUUCAUAGUUAGAAAUCAGAUUGCAAAUCUA